AUGUUCACCCCAAUUCACACCACGCUAGGCGCACUGUUGCUAUUCCAAGGCUCCUCGGGCCUGCUUGUACACAACGGCGCUGUCUUCGGUAUCUCUUCUCUCCUAUCCGGAUGCGCCUUCAACCCGAGCCGUGACAAUGUGCCAAUCAUCGCUGGAUUGGUAUCCAGCAUCAUCCCAGUAUAUCUGCUGGCGCCAUCACUGAUUCCAAACUAUCCGGCACCUCCGCAGUCCUGGGGUUCUGCUGUUGCCACCUUGGGAGUGGGCUUCUUAUUGGGAUGGGGCACAAAGAACGGCCGAGGCUGUACCUCCGGACACAUGCUGUGUGGUCUUUCCCGUCUCUCGCCCCGCUCGCUGAUUGCAACCGCUGUCUUCUUCACAACUGCCUUGCUCACGGCCAACUUUGUCGAGGGAGGAGCUAACAUGCCAUCUUGUGGCUCAACACCGUGCUAUACACCCGUUUAUCCAUCGGGAUCAGAGUUAGGGUUCAUGACCGGGGCAGUCCUGCUGGCGGCUAUCACCAACUUCAUUAUUGUCCCGCGAAACGCCCGUCGGUCGGAGGAGUCCCGAGUCGCCUUUUCCUAUGUGGCAGGGUUGGAGUUUGGCCUAGGUCUGUUGAUCUCCGGUAUGGCAAAUUCGGCCAAAGUGCUCGGAUUCUUUGCCUUUUUGACUGACCCAUCUCGAUUUGAUCCGUCGUUGGCGUUGAUCAUUUUGUUUGGGAUUGGACCUUCACUUUUCACCUUCUUGACUGGGAAACCAGGUCAAGAACGUGAAAAAGGAAAGCCUCUUGCAAAGCCUACCCUCGCUGAGAAAUGGCGACUUCCAACAGCAACAGUGGCCGAUAUUGACUGGCGAUUUGUUGCUGGUGCUGCGUCGUUCGGGCUAGCUUGGGGACUGAAAGGAGUUUGCCCAGGUCCUGCAAUUCUGCGUACAGUCCUGCAACCAACCUGGGGAUUGGUGACAAUGGCUGGAUACAUGUUGGGUAACCUUUUCUAA